AUGAGUAUCACUCAUGAUGAUAUUAAAAACUGGGAGGAGAUUAUAUCGACUCACCAGGAAGAUUAUGAAAAAUUUUUGAAAGCAUCUCUCCAAGCUUUGAAAGCCGUACCAAACCCAGCCACAGAGCCACAAACCCCAGUUCAAGAUUUUCUUGCAGGCUAUGCCGUAUUCAUGGCCUCGGAAGUAGAGACCAUUAAGCCAAAGGACGAGCUGUACAAGACACAACUUGCGACAGUCCUAGAAAACAUCCACAUGACUCCUGUAGGAACUCUCCUAACAGAGACCGCAAAACAAGCUUCGAUCAAAAUUAACAAAAAGGAUCGAGAGAUUACAAAGUUGGUAAGUGAUAUUGAAGCUAGAAUGGACAAAAGGCAUGAACAUUUAAACACACUUGCAGCAACCCACAAGGUGAAAGGACUAGCGGAUACUUCGUACAGUAUCCGCCCAAGAAGGUCACAAACCAACGUCGAACUGAAGACUGACUUCAUUCGGCCACCAGGAAACAAUAUUCAAAUGGCACGCAACUUGCCACAGCAGUUAAGCGACUAG